CCAAGGAAGGAGAUGAGUUGAUUUGUUUUCCAUUCCAAAAUGGUGGAAAGUGAAACAUCACCUCCUUCAUCUUCUCCUCACCACAACAAGCACCAAUCCUUGGUACUAAAAUCAGCAAUAUGCUCGAGAGUCCUCCUCCUCGCCCUAACCACCCUCUUCCGCACUCUCCUCUCUCCCUACGACACCUCCGCCUCCAUAAACCCUCCCUGCCUCUCCGCCCCCAACGCCACCCUCUCCUCCCACCCCUCCCCUCUUCAAAACGCCGUCGUAUGGGACUCCGUCUACUUCCUCCGCAUCGCCCAAUGCGGCUACGAGUACGAGCAAUCCUUCGCCUUCUUACCCCUCCUCCCUCUCUCCGCCCGCUCCCUCUUCUCCUUUCUCUCCCCCUUCCUCCCCCCCACCUCCCUCUUCGUCCUCUCCGCUUACGUCAUCAACAACCUCGCCUUCGUCCUCGCCGCCCUCUACUUCCACAGACUCUCCCUAGCCCUCCUCAACCACCCCCAAACGGCGCUGCGUGCCGCCGUUUUGUUCUGCUUCAACCCCGCCUCCGUGUUCUAUUCCUCCAUAUACACCGAGAGCUUGUACGCUCUUGCGUGCUUUGCAGGGAUGUACCACUUCGUCUCUGGGGGGAACAACUUGGCCGUCCUUUUCUUCGCGCUCUCUGCUUGCGCAAGGUCCAAUGGAGUGCUUAAUGCUGGCUAUCUCUGCUUUCAGACCAUGCAUCGGGCUUAUCACGCUCUCUUUCGCAGAAACCGUGUCUCUUUGGCUUUGCAGAUUGUCAUUGUUGGAGCUUUACGUAGUGCAUGUAUUUUUGCUCCAUUUAUAGCUUUCCAGGCUUAUGGCUAUUAUAACAUGUGUGUUGGACGUUCGCCUGAAGAAAUAAGGCCCUGGUGCAAGGCAAGAAUACCGUUACUUUACAAUUACAUUCAAAGUCAUUAUUGGGGUGUAGGUUUCUUGAGAUAUUUUCAGCUAAAACAGUUGCCUAACUUUCUUCUUGCAUCCCCAAUACUGUCUCUGGCGCUAUGCUCAGUUGUGUAUUAUGCUAAGUCAAGGCCUGAGAACUUUUUCUCACUGGGGUUUCUAACACCCAUGGAAGAAAAGAGCUGUGGACUUGUGUUUUUGUCAGAUGAUAUCUCAAGGUCCAAAGAAGCUCGCAAUGUGGAGAAAUCCUCCGUUAGGGUAGAAGAACACUCCAAUCUUAGGAGGAGAAAGAAUGUGAUCAAGGGAGACGUCGCAAAUGUUGCCAUAGAAUCCGAGCCAGCAUUGUGGUCAGGAUACUUGUCUGCAUCUGUUCUCCCAUUCGUGUUACACUUGGGAUUCAUGGCAUGCACUACUUUUUUUGUCAUGCAUGUGCAGGUGGCUACUCGUUUCUUGUCUGCCAGUCCUCCUCUUUAUUGGUUUGCUUCAUAUAUAAUGGCAUAUCAUGCAAAAGGCUUUAGAUGGGGUUUCAUUAUAUGGGCAUACUCUAUAGCAUAUAUUUUUCUUGGCAGUUUGCUGUUUUCAAACUUCUAUCCUUUCACUUAAUGAGAAAGAAAGACAGAUGGUUAUCCUUGAAAGCUGUAGGGCCUUUCUAUUUCAUGCAAGGCACAAGGGCAUAGCUACCAUGAAGCGUUGCUGCUGAAUUUCAGAUUUCUGUUGGCUUCUUCAGUGCUUUGCCCAUUUGGUGGUUUCUGUUUGUCCUUACAAGCCUGUGAUUUCAUAAUAGUGGGGAAAAUGCGCCCGUCCCUCUCGCAGCGUGUAUUCAGUAUCAUCUAGAUGAGUAAACUAAUAGAAGUUCUUUUUCAUUUUUGUAAAUUGCAGUUUUGUUUAUUAAUUGAAUCAAUACACCACUUUAUUUCCAAUGAGUGGUUGUAUUUAUGCGACUGAGUGGUUUAUCUUGGAAACAUGACCAUAGAUGAAAUACAUUUUCUAAUGCUUCGGAA